CCAGCCCAUAGUUUCUUUCCCAAGCCAGUCUUCCAAUUCACAUCUACAUUUACUUCAUUCACUACCCGCUGUGCGGAUCAGAUCACUUUCACUCACCAAUAACCUUCGAAUAAUCAACUGUUAAUACCCCGAAAAACCAACUACUCCAAAACCGCCAACAUGCAGUUCUCCAUCACCGCCCUCCUCUUCGGCCUCGUCGCCAUCUCUUCCGCCGCCAUCACCGACGUCGAGGGCGUCCGCAACACUCCCCGCGCUGUGCUUGACACCCGGCAGGCUGCCAACGGCGCAUGCUGUAUCCCCAACCAAUCUCUCAAGCAGGAUGCCUGCACUGUCAACGGUGCUGCUGGCAAGUGUGUGCCUGGAGGUCCAGCUGCAUGCAACGGUGCUCUCAACUGCGUAGCCAACAACCAGCUUGUGUGCGAUAACAACGUCAAGGAGCGCUCUGGCAACCUGUGCCGCUUCCAGGCUGCGAAUGGCAAGAUUCAAGACGGUGCUCAGCAGAUUAACAGUCUUGCUCAGGCUAAGGUUAACUAAGAGUGGAUGAUGGGGAUUUGUGUUAUAGGUUGAUGGGUGGAUUUGUAUAGCAUGCCCCUAUUUACAUACAAUUUCUUCACGGUAUAGCUAGGUGGAUGAAUAAAUGAAUUUGUGGAUUGUAUAUUGCGUACCUAGAAGUUCGGAGUGAUGUUGUAAAGAGUAAGCGAUGGAUCUACACGGAUUACAGUAAGCUGAGGCAAAGCCGUAUGUCUUGUCCAUGUUAGAGCGUGCAGCCUCUGUGGUGUCUUACUUACAUCUAGCAUACCGCCAUAUAUAUAUUAAACUCAGUCCAGACAUCCGCGCUUCACACUUCCCAAACUUCCUCUUGUCACAAGCGAAUACUUCUCUUCCAAUGCGAACCUCGUUUCUCUCGAAAGAGACAUACUACACAAGCUGAGAUAUACUAAU